AUGGACUUGAGCACACCCGCCAACGCCAUCGUUCUCGUAUCGGGCAAGCGGUUCUCAGGGAAGGACCACCUGGUGGGGGUGGCGAAGGGCUUGUUCGGUGGGGGACAUAGGGAAGGCUGUGGGCCACGCGUAGAGAGCGUCUUUGCAUCGACGACGGAUCUUUUCAAGGAGGACUUCACGCUCAAGUUCCGUGAUGAGAUCGACCACGACCGACUCUUGACGGACCGCGAGUACAAGGAGCAGCACCGCAUGAUGAUGACUGCCUAUUGGACGGAGAUCAAGGCCCUGGAUCAAACUCGCUACUGUUCUCGCUUGCUGGAGCAGGCUCGCCAGAUGUUUAGCCAGACAGCCGCAGACCCAGCUAGCGAUGAUGUUGCACAGGUUCGACUCUUCUUCGUGACCGGCGUUCGCUACUCGUGGGAGAUAGAGUACUUUGAGCAAUCUCUCCACAGAGCCGCUGAUGAUGUGCGGUUGGUACGACUUCGCGUGCAGUCCCCGCUGGAGUUCAAGAAGCAGUUGGGGUGGCACGAGAGCCCGAUCGACAGCCACGAGACGGAGACCGGGCUGGACUCCUUCGGCCGGUGGGACCUCGUGUUCACCAACGACAAGCUCGGCGACGAGCACACCACUUGCUUCCUUCGUGAUCGACUACUUUCUUUCAUCGGCUCCGCCACAUCACCAGAGCCGGGGGGAGGAUAG